AUGGCGUUCAACAACAUGAUCAACAACGGGGUGGAUCCGAAUAUCGAAGAUGACUUGUUCGCCAAAGAGGUCGAGGAGGUCAAGAAGUGGUGGAGUGACUCGAGAUGGAGAUACACCAAGAGGCCCUUCACGGCCGAGCAAAUCGUUUCCAAGCGGGGACAUCUAAAGGUCGAAUACCCGAGCAAUGCCCAGUCGAAGAAGCUGUGGAAGAUCCUCGAGGGUCGAUUCAAGAGUCGUGAUGCUAGUUACACUUAUGGCUGCCUAGAACCGACCAUGGUGACGCAAAUGGCCAAGUAUUUGGACACUGUCUACGUUUCUGGCUGGCAAUCAUCGUCGACUGCCUCUUCAUCCGACGAGCCCGGUCCCGAUCUGGCAGAUUACCCAUACACCACGGUCCCGAAUAAAGUGAAGCAUCUCUUCAUGGCACAACUUUUCCACGACCGCAAGCAAAGAAACGAACGUCUGAGCGUGCCCAAAUCAGCCCGAGCCAAAAUGCAGAACAUUGACUACCUCCGCCCCAUCAUCGCCGACGCCGACACGGGCCAUGGCGGCCUGACGGCCGUCAUGAAGCUGACCAAGCUCUUUAUUGAGCACGGCGCGGCGGGCAUCCAUAUCGAAGACCAAGCCCCCGGAACGAAGAAAUGCGGACACAUGGCGGGCAAAGUGCUGGUGCCCAUCAGUGAGCACAUCAACCGACUGGUGGCAAUCCGGGCACAGGCAGACAUCAUGGGCACCGACCUGGUGGCCGUGGCCAGAACCGACGCCGAGGCGGCUACCCUCAUUACCACCACCAUCGACCCCCGCGACCAUGCCUUCAUUAUGGGCAGCACCAAUCCUAAGCUACAGCCCCUCAACGACCUCAUGGUGGCAGCGGAGGGAGCAGGCAAGUCCGGCGAGGAAUUGCAGACCGUCGAGGAUGCAUGGUUGAAGGACGCCGGGCUCAAGCGUUUUCACGAUGCCGUCAUCGAGACCAUCAACGCGGGUUCGUACGCCAACAAGAAGGAGUUAGUGAGCCAGUACCUGGCCCAAUCCAAGGGUAAGAGUCACACAGAGGCGAAGGCCAUUGCGCAUGGCAUCACCAAGGUCGAUAUCUUCUUUGACUGGGAUGCGCCCCGGACUCGCGAGGGGUACUACAGGUUGAAGGGCGGGUGCGAUUGUGCUAUCAACCGUGCCGUUGCGUAUGCACCGUACUGUGACGCCAUAUGGAUGGAGAGCAAGCUGCCGGACUUCAAGCAGGCGCAGGAGUUUGCUAGUGGGGUUCACGCGGUUUGGCCGGAGCAGAAACUGGCUUACAAUCUAUCCCCCUCCUUCAAUUGGAAAGCCGCCAUGCCCCGCAACGAGCAGGAGACGUACAUCCAGCGCCUGGCAAGGCUGGGCUACUGCUGGCAGUUCAUCACUUUGGCCGGCCUGCACACCACGGCCCUCAUCAGCGACCAAUUCGCCCGGGCCUACACCGCCCAGGGCAUGCGCGCUUAUGGCGAACUGGUUCAGGAGCCAGAGAUGGAUGGUGAGGUGGAUGUCGUCAAGCACCAGAAGUGGUCCGGCGCCACGUAUAGUGAUGAGAUGCUUAAGAUGGUUACUGGCGGGAUCUCUAGUACGAGUGCGAUGGGGAAGGGAGUUACCGAGGAUCAGUUUCACUAG